AAAAGAGCAUUUUUUCCAAUUAGCUGACGCCACCCCCGCAUCCCAGUGAGCCCGAACUUCUCCUUUCACCUGCAAUUUCGGACUCAAGAAGAAGGAAGAAGAACCCUCAAAUCGUCUCUCUCUCCUAUCUCUAGAAGAUGAAAAUGUCCGGCGAUGAAAUGGGCCUGGUCCCACCUCAGACCCGCCUUAACUCGCAGCUCCUCUUCCAGGAUGACCCCUUGCGCUUCAACAGCCCCGCGCCACAGAACCGCGGGGUCGGCGACCCGGUUCCGAAGGCCCGAGAAAUCCCCUCCAGCUUCCUCGAAACCCGGUACUUCCCCCCUCCGCCGCCCCAUCCUCAACCCUCCGAGUUUCGCCACAACCCGUACGCUAACGACUCCCGCCCCGACGCGGGCGCGCCGCCGAAUUGGUCCGAUAACAACGACUCGAGCGCCGAUGGUUCGGAGGGCAACGACGAGGACGAUGACGAUGACGAUGACGUGGACGAGGAGGAGGAGGCGGCAUUUGUAGGGUUUGUUGGUGAACCGAAUAGGGCUCAAAAUGAUGCUAACAGUAACAAGGACAGCUGUGGUAAUAACAACAAGAGCAAUAGCAGUGGUCGGGUGGUCAAAUUAACCAAUGGAAAGACGAAGUUCGGCCCUUCAUUUGGGUCUGGUAGAGAAGUAGUUGUAGUGACCGAUGGCAACUGUGGACGAGCUGCCAGUGACACGAGAGGGAGCUGCGGUGAGAUUCAUCAGCAGCGAGUGCGAACUGGGAAUUUUGAGAAUGCGGUCACUAUUGCAGAGCCGGACGGUGAAUUGUAUUACUCACAGUAUUUGCAAGGAGAAGGAUCUGGUAGAGGACAGAAGGAUGUGGUAGCUGUGGACAGUGGUUGCGGAUUUAGCGGAAGAAAGGAUGGUUUAUUAUCCAGUGAUUCGGGAGAGUCAUUGAGAGACAUUUUCUCGGACCCUUUGACGGGAGCUCUUAUGGAUGAUGCAAUGAUUUUGCCAUGUGGACAUUCCUUUGGAGGUGGUGGAAUACAGCAUGUAAUUAGGAUGAAAGCAUGUCCCUCUUGUCAGCUGUCGAUAUCAGAAGACUCAAUAUUACCGAAUCUCUCUCUUCAAGCUGCCAUACAAGCAUUCCUCCGGGAAGAGGACUUGCUCUUCCACCGCUCAUCCAAAAGGAGAAGAGAGAGAUUUGAUCAGGAGAAAGGUAACUGCAGCGACUCAAAUCUCAUGGAUACGACGAGAGGAAGAGGUGUACAGUUUCCAUUUGCCGUGACUGAUCGUGUCAUUAUUAAGGGUAACAAGAGGACACCGGAGCGCUUUGUUGGACGUGAGGCAGUCGUAACAACACAGUGCUUAAAUGGAUGGUAUGUAGUCAAAACAUUGGAUAAUGCGGAGAGCGUCAAAUUGCAGUACCGAUCACUUGCCAAAGUCCCAGAUGAAGCUUCCUCAAAAGCACUGUCAUGCAAACAGACCACAAAUUGGCUCUAGAUCAGUGAUGCACUGAUGUGAAGGAAAUGGCAACUUUGGCAAACAUGGCAACCUGCGUAUGCGACACAUGAAACAAUUUGAAGUGUUGUAACUGUUUGAGAGGCCCUGUAAUCUGUACGCAGCACGGCAGUGUAUUUAUCACUAGAGAAUGUAUCGAAUUGGGGUAUGUACACCGUUGCAGCCCGUGUAUGAGACUCAGAGUUAAUGACUUCGUACAUAUAAAUACAAUGCUGUUGAUUUUGCCCCUUGUAAACUACGUUGUUUUCAUUUGG